CUGCAGACUCUUCUCGAGCUGCAGUGUCCUCGCUGAGCUCUGGACACGCGCUGAGGGACCAGCUGUGGACUUUGGGAAGAUGCACCGCCAGGAUGACUUGAAAGUAGGGCAUCCUUGGCCCUCCUGAAGAGAGGAAAUUAGUGGCAAAUGGACAGUCUGUGUAUGGAGUUAUCAGAUGCCUUUACCUGAGUGAGAAACCUUCCUCCACUGGGACCUCAGAUGUCUGACAGCCCUUUGUAACACCAAGAGAGUUGUCUGCUGGUUCUCAGCUUGAAGAAGAUUCUACAGUCCUUAUUGAUCCUUUUUCUUGGCGUUACCAUUUUUUGAAGCAAAGUUAACCUAGUUUUCUAGUUUGAGCUUUCUUUUUGGCCAUCUUCUAAAAAUUUUUUUUUUAAUCUAUAAACUAGACAAGAGAUAGUUCUACAAUGUCCAAGUCAUUCCAGCAGUCAUCUCUCGGUAGGGACUCGCGGGGUCAUGGGCGUGACCUGUCUGCAGCAGGAAUAGGCCUUCUUGCUGCUGCUACCCAGUCUUUAAGUAUGCCAGCAUCUCUUGGAAGGAUGAACCAGGGUACUGCACGCCUUGCUAGUUUAAUGAAUCUUGGAAUGAGUUCUUCAUUGAAUCAACAAGGAGCUCAUAGUGCACUGUCUUCUGCUAGUACUUCUUCCCAUAAUUUGCAGUCUAUAUUUAACAUUGGAAGUAGAGGUCCGCUCCCUUUGUCUUCUCAACACCGUGGAGAUGCAGACCAGGCCAGUAACAUUUUGGCCAGCUUUGGUCUGUCUGCUAGAGACUUAGAUGAACUGAGUCGUUAUCCAGAGGACAAGAUUACUCCUGAGAACUUGCCCCAAAUCCUUCUACAGCUUAAAAGGAGGAGAACUGAAGAAGGCCCUACAUUGAGUUAUGGUAGAGAUGGCAGAUCUGCUACACGGGAGCCACCAUACAGAGUACCUAGGGACGAUUGGGAAGAAAAAAGGCACUUUAGAAGAGAUAGUUUUGAUGAUCGUGGUCCUAGUCUCAACCCAGUGCUUGAUUAUGACCAUGGAAGUCGUUCUCAAGAAUCUGGUUAUUAUGACAGAAUGGAUUAUGAAGAUGACAGAUUAAGAGAUGGAGAAAGGUGUAGGGAUGAUUCUUUUUUUGGUGAGACCUCGCAUAACUAUCAUAAAUUUGACAGUGAGUAUGAGAGAAUGGGACGUGGUCCUGGCCCCUUACAAGAGAGAUCUCUCUUUGAGAAAAAGAGGGGCGCUCCUCCAAGUAGCAAUAUUGAAGACUUCCAUGGACUCUUACCGAAGGGUUAUCCCCAUCUGUGCUCUAUAUGUGAUUUGCCAGUUCAUUCUAAUAAGGAGUGGAGUCAACAUAUCAAUGGAGCAAGUCACAGUCGUCGAUGCCAGCUUCUUCUUGAAAUCUACCGAGAAUGGAAUCCUGACAAUGAUACAGGACACACAAUGGGUGAUCCAUUCAUGUUGCAGCAAUCUACAAACCCAGCACCAGGAAUUCUGGGACCUCCGCCUCCCUCAUUUCAUCUUGGGGGACCAGCAGUUGGACCAAGAGGAAAUCUGGGUGCUGGAAAUGGAAACCUGCAAGGACCAAGACACAUGCAAAAGGGCAGAGUGGAAACUAGCUGAGUUGUUCACAUCAUGGAUUUCCAGCGAGGGAAAAACUUGAGAUAUCAACUAUUACAGCUGGUGGAACCAUUUGGAGUUAUUUCAAAUCAUCUGAUUCUAAAUAAAAUUAAUGAGGCAUUUAUUGAAAUGGCAACCACAGAAGAUGCUCAGGCUGCAGUGGAUUAUUAUACAACCACACCAGCAUUAGUAUUUGGCAAGCCAGUGAGAGUUCAUUUAUCCCAGAAGUAUAAAAGAAUAAAGAAACCUGAAGGGAAGCCAGACCAGAAGUUUGAUCAAAAACAAGAGCUUGGACGUGUGAUACAUCUCAGCAAUUUACCUCAUUCUGGCUAUUCUGACAGUGCUGUCCUCAAGCUUGCUGAGCCUUAUGGGAAAAUUAAGAAUUAUAUACUGAUGAGGAUGAAAAGUCAGGCCUUUAUUGAGAUGGAGACCAGAGAAGAUGCAAUGGCAAUGGUUGACCACUGUUUGAAAAAGGCCCUUUGGUUUCAAGGGAGAUGUGUAAAAGUUGACCUGUCUGAAAAAUACAAAAAAUUGGUACUCAGGAUUCCCAACAGAGGCAUUGACUUACUGAAAAAAGAUAAGUCCCGGAAAAGGUCUUACUCUCCAGAUGGCAAAGAAUCUCCAAGUGAUAAGAAAUCCAAAACUGAUGGUUCCCAGAAGACUGAAAGUACAACCGAAGGUAAAGAACAAGAAGAGAAAUCAGGAGAAGAUGGUGAAAAAGAUACAAAGGAUGACCAGGCAGAACAAGAACCUAACAUGCUUCUUGAAUCUGAAGAUGAGCUACUUGUAGAUGAAGAAGAAGCAGCAGCACUGCUAGAAAUUGGCAGUUCAGUGGGAGAUGAGACAGAUCUUGCUAAUUUAGGGGAUGUGGCAUCUGAUGGGAAAAAGGAACCUUCAGACAAAGUUGUGAAAAAAGAUGCAAAUGCAAGUGCUUCAGCAACUGCCAAGAAAAAGCUUAAAAAGGUGGACAAGAUCGAGGAACUUGACCAAGAAAACGAAGCAGCGUUGGAAAAUGGAAUUAAAAAUGAGGAAAAUACAGAACCAGGUGCUGAAUCUGCUGAGAAUGCUGAUGAUCCCAACAAAGAUACAAGUGAAAACGCAGAUGGCCAAAGUGAUGAAAACAAGGAGGACUAUACAAUCCCAGAUGAGUAUAGAAUUGGACCGUAUCAGCCCAAUGUUCCUGUUGGUAUAGACUAUGUGAUACCUAAAACAGGGUUUUACUGUAAGCUGUGUUCACUCUUUUAUACAAAUGAAGAAGUUGCAAAGAAUACUCAUUGCAGCAGCCUUCCUCAUUAUCAGAAAUUAAAGAAAUUUCUGAAUAAAUUGGCAGAACGCAGGCAGAAGAAGGAAGCUUAAGAUGUGCAAGAAGCUUAAUGAUUUCAAAGAAAAUAAUGGUUCUUUGUUUUUAAAUGUUAACCUUUUUUAAAUACAAUACAGAUAGUUAGAAAACUAUUGUACUCUUUUGUUAUAGUGGAAAAAUAAUAGACGUCUGUUCAUGUGUUAAGUGUUAUAGCAAAAAUACAUAUACGGUUAAGUUAAUGAAGAAUUGUUUUUGUUUUAUCAAAAUGGUAACAGACAGAAAUACUUGUUAGAGACUGACUUCAUAUGCUACUUAAGACACUUGCACCACUAAGAAAGAUACGUAGAAACAUUCAGAGAAGUGAAAUUUAGUAGUUCCAAGCUUCAAAGAAAUGUCAAAACUUUUGAUUCCAUUCAAUAAAGAACAAAACCAAUUGUAUUUUUAUUACUUUCAUCUGAAACAUUCCACAUUUUAAUCUGAGCCUUGCAGACUUUUCAUUUGCAGUUCGAAGCAUUUUUGGUUUUGUUUCAAUUUUUGAGAACUUCAUUAAUGUGAGAUUGGUAAUUAAAAUGCAGGUGCAGUUUUCUUUUAAUGUCAUGCUGUUUAGGUAAUAAGAAAUACUAAGUAAUUGGCUUUAGAUUUUGUAAUUUUUUCCCUAAGUUCCUGCUAGAUUUCGUAUUCUAGUAGUCAUUGUCUUUUUCAGUGAAAUGUAAAAAUAUUCCCAUUCUCUUUGACCAGUAUUAAUUUCUUGAGAUAUUGCUUGUCACUUGAAUCCUGUAGCUGUCAUACAUCUGGUAUAAGCACAUUUGAUUUUUGAAGUGUGUAGACCAUCUCUUCAUAUUUUCAAGAUGUAAUUUUACAUUUCUGCAUUUUAAAAACAGUUUGGCCAUAAUCUUAGACGCACGCUUCUAAUUCAUAUACUGCAUAUGUGACCUUUGUGAACAGAAAUUUGCAUGUAUAAUCUGUGUUUACUUGUAACUUUCUGGUUAUAUACUGCUUAUAUCUGUGGAUUCAAGUUUCUGAAGUGAGUACCAAUAAAAAAAAACCUAGGCCAUGUUCA